AUGGGUACCGGGUCCACCCUCGAUCUUAUCAGUGACUGUGAGAGAUACGAUGUGGAGGGCCGCUCCCCAAAACCCUGGGAGGAACAGAGGCUGCCCAAGGUUAAUGUCCCUCCAGAGCCCAGGGGAGAGAAGAUGGACAGGAUAAAAUCACUCCUCUUCAACGUCUCCAAGAUCCCCUUGCUCUUCCUCCUCCUCUUCAUGUUCAUCUGUUCCCUGGAUGUGCUGAGCUCUGCCUUCCAGCUGGCUGGGGGAAAGGUGGCUGGGGACAUCUUUAAGGACAAUGCCAUCCUGUCCAAUCCGGUGGCGGGCCUGGUGGUGGGAAUCCUGGUGACUGUGCUGGUACAGAGCUCCAGCACGUCCACCUCCAUUAUUGUCAGCCUGGUGUCCUCAGGGCUUCUAGAAGUGGGCUCUGCUGUUCCUAUCAUCAUGGGCUCCAAUAUUGGGACAUCUGUCACCAACACCAUUGUGGCCCUAAUGCAAGCCGGAGAGAGGAGUGAAUUCAAACGAGCCUUUGCCGGAGCCACCAUUCAUGACUGCUUCAACUGGCUGUCAGUGCUGGUCCUGCUGCCUCUGGAGGUGGCCACCGGACUGCUGAGCCACCUGGCCGCGACUGUGGUGAGGAGCUUCCAAAUCCAGAGUGGAGAGGACGCUCCUGAGCUGCUGAAGAUCAUCACAGAGCCCUUCACCAAACUCAUCAUCCAGCUGGACAAGUCAGUGAUUACAGGGAUCGCCAUGGGAGAUGAGAGUCUGCGAAACAGAAGUCUGGUGAAAGUGUGGUGCAGGAUCGGUGUGCGUAUGUCUGUUGUGAACCUGUCCGACAAUGCUUCUGGGGAAAAUGGGACAACCUGGACCUCACAGAAUGUAACAUCACAGGACAGCUUACAAAAAUGCAGGCACCUGUUUGUGGACACGUCCAUGUCGGACCUGGCUGUGGGGCUCAUUCUGCUUGCAGCCUCUCUGGUUGUCUUGUGCUCCUGUCUGGUGCUGAUAGUCAAGCUGCUCAACUCCCUCCUCAAGGGCCAGGUGGCCAAGGCCAUCCAGAAGAUCAUAAAUACAGACUUCCCCUACCCAUUCGGCUGGCUGACUGGCUACCUGGCCAUGCUGCUGGGGGCAGCAAUGACAUUUGUGGUCCAGAGUAGCUCUGUCUUCACCUCUGCCAUCACCCCUCUGAUAGGUUUGGGCAUGAUCAGUGUUGAGCGUGCCUACCCAUUGACCCUGGGGUCCAACAUCGGCACCACCACCACCGCCAUCCUCGCUGCCCUGGCCAGCCCAGGGGACAAGCUGGCAGCAGCCUUCCAGAUCGCCCUGUGUCACUUCUUCUUCAACAUCUUCGGGAUCCUCCUCUGGUACCCGCUGCCUGUGACGCGGCUGCCCGUCCGCAUGGCGAAGACGCUGGGUGAGCGCACGGCCAAGUACCGCUGGUUCGCCGUGCUCUACCUGAUCGUGUGCUUCCUGCUUCUGCCCUCGCUGGUGUUCGGCCUCUCCAUGGCGGGUUGGCAGGUGAUGGUAGGCGUGGGCGCGCCCUUCGCCGGCGUCAUGCUCUUCAUCGUCUUCGUCAACCUGCUUCAGGUGCGGAGCCCCCGCCUCCUGCCCCGGCCGCUGCAGACCUGGGACUUCCUGCCCGCCUGGAUGCACUCCCUCAAGCCCGUGGACCGGCUCAUCGCCAAGGCAACACUGUGCUGCAGUCCCGCCCACGGCGACGAGCCUGCCACGCCCCCCAGCCCCCCGCUGCCCUUCGCCCCCGACUCCGCCGCUGCCCAGAGGAAGGCGCAGCUUGCACAUGACAACCCCGCCCUCUCCUACAUGGACGAGACCCCCUCUCGCACCCCCGUCUUCAAACUGCGAGGGCUAGAAAGAUGCCACAGCACCCCCCUUUAG